AUGACAGUUUUUACGGACGUUCCGGAUUAUAAGGAAGGCCGUCCGAUGGCCACCUACGGUUAUAGCAGAAUAAGAACUAGUAUCUACGCCGUCACUCAACCGCCGACGAGGUUUCAGCCUCAGGAUACGCCAGCCGGCAAAAGCCGGUCUUACCGUCGGGGCGCAGCAGAUUCGGGUUUGCCGGUCAUCGUAAAGCCAAGUGAAGCGUGUGUUAGCCAUCGGUCAAGUGAAGUGCCCGGUAAUCGUCGGCAACGACAUUUCCGCCAACAAUCGGCCACCGCCGAGAGACGACCACGCCUGCCAGUCGUCGGCAACCGCCGAGAAACCGCCAAGCACGGGCACGCCCGCCAGUCGUCGGCAACCGCCGAAAUACCGCUGAACACGUGCCACGCCCGCCAGUCGUCGGCAAUCGCCGAGAUACCGUUAACACGUUCCACGCUCGCCAGUCGUCGGCAACCGCCGAAAUAGUGCUUAACACGUGUCUGCCCGCCAGUCGUUGGCAAUCGCCGAGAUACCAUUAAUCACGUGUAGUGCCAGCCAAUCGUCGGCAAUCGUCGAUACACCGCCAAGUAGUGUUAGUGUCCGCCGGCCGUUGCCUAUCGCCGAGACCUGCGAAACCGUGGCAGCGUAGCCAGUUACUGCUAUCGUCUGCUUUCCGUCCACCAUCGGCACCAGCCGAUCCGUCUGCCAACUCAAGCAAGAAGCGCCGGUCCGCAAGCAAUCGGCAUCCGCCGAGUUCAAGCCGAGCACAACCACGUCGGCGUUGGUCAGACCCGUGAAACGGUCCGCAGUUUCCGUCGCCAGGGGCGCAGUCCGUCAGCCCAGUACCACCGCACCGGGGGAGUACUCCGGCAUCGACGAUCCAGCGAGCUACAGCGAACGCAUCAGCCAGCCAGCAGUAAGGUGACCUAGGUCGCCAUCAAGGUUAGAGAUCUCGUAUUAUAUCAUUCACUAGUACUAGUAGAGAAGUGUGCGCACACGAG